GGAAGCCCGCGAAACCGCUACUCGCAACGGGCAUCGCGUUCGAGUUUCAAACCCUUGUACCGAAAAAAGUCUGACGAAAAAAAGCGGGAAGAAAAUCCUUCAGGUAUUUUUUUCCACAAGAAAAAACAAUAAGAAACGAAAAGAGAGCUACCUGCACAGGUGCGGGAGCUGAAGACAUGGGAUCGUCCGUGAGGAGCUACUUGAUCACCUUGCUGCUGUACGUUUCUGUUGUCAACGAGAUCAGCUUACCGGCGGUGACAUGUCAGGACGAAGAGGGGGACCGAUGCCUGCCACGUAAAACUUUCUUCGCUCUUCUGCGUCUUCCGGAAGUCAGUCCGAAUCUGGCGGCUUAUUCCCGAACGGCUCGCAUAAUUCAGGACGCUAAAAACCGCAACGAGAUCGUUAAUCUGAAGACGUUGAGCUCCGAGGACAACGAAGACGCCGAGAUUUGCCUCCCGGUCGGGGUCUACCUCGAUCUUUUCAGCGAUCCGGCGCUCCGUGGACACCUCACGGCGAUCGGAAGGGCCCUGAAAAUGUUGGAGGAUCCGACGACCCGCACUUACCUCACCAACGAGGACCUCGAGGCCGAGGCCGAUGAGGAAUUAAAUUCGGAAAAGCGUAGCAUUGCGACUCUUGCUAAAAACGGCGAUCUUCCGAUAUCGAUUCAAGACAAAGGCGACGAGGAAGAAGAGGAGGAAAAGAGGAGCCUCACCACUCUCGUGCGAGAUGGUUCUCUCAGCAGAGACGACCUCGAGGCGUUACUGGGCUACGUCGAAAUGGAAAAGAGGAACAUCGCCGCGUUGGCCAGGGAUUACGCGCUUCCGAACGGUAAACGUAACGUCGCCAGUCUUGCCAGGGACUUCGCUCUUCCGACGACAAAUUCUGCCGGGGGUAAAAGAAACGUGGCGGCUUUGGCUCGUGAUUUCGCUCUUCCUUCGGGAAAGAGGAACGUCGCCAGCCUGGCCAGGGACUUUGCCCUUCCUCCUUCGGGAAAGAGGAACAUAGCCGCCCUUGCGAGGGACUACGCCCUCCCCUCGGGGAAGAGGAACAUCGCCGCACUCGCGAGGGACUACAGUCUGCCCUACGGAAAACGGUAUUUGGACAUUUUUUCGCGAGGAAGCGCGCCUCGUUUCCAACCUUACCCGGGCGACAAAAGGAAUCUCGCCGCUCUCGUGAGGAACGGUGAUCUCCCCAUGAUUAAUUACAAGCGCAACGUCGCGGCUUUAGCUAGAGAAUGGACUCUGCCAACGCAGAAUAGGUACGGAAGGUCACUCGAUACCAUCGAGGCGAAGGCGGAACUGGGUAACCGCGAAGGUAGACAGCGGGAAACGUCGAUCGAAGGGGACGCGUUCGGAUAUCGCGACAAAGCUCGGAAAAUCGAAGGUGAGGAUGCCAACGAGAGGAAGCUAGAGGCUCUGGCAGGUUCCAAUAGAUCGGCAUCGAAACAUGGAGAUUCCAAGGAUUCUAGAAAGGACAAAUCCAAGGGUCAAUCGCCGGGGAAAAAAGUGGUCAACGGCAAAAGGCCGAAGCGACAAAUCGAUUUUUCGAACGAGUAUCCUCUUCCAUUUAUGCAGAAAACCAACGUACCCGAUUACGAGGAAAUGAUAGAGGCGCUGACCGGUGAAUAUCCGAACACGGAGAAGAGAUUCAUGGAGGUACCGCCGUUGGAGAUGAACGCCGAUAACGACGAAGUAUUCUACGUCUCACCGCCGGUGAAGAAGCACAUCGGGGCCCUGGCUCGCCAGGGGUGGCUACCUUCGUUCAGAACCGCGAGGUUUUCCCGGUCCCCGCGGUACCUGGUGAACAGGGAGAAUUCCGCAGAUGGGACCACGGCCGACGACCCCACCAACCCGUCGGCUCGGUCGUUAGGAUUCCGACACCCUUCAAACCGCUAUUCCCGGUCUCAGCAUGUAACAUUCGGGGAUUGCCGGCAUGGUUUCAAAAGAUUUUUCCUUGUACCGGCCGUCGACAAACAACUUCUCUUACACAAACUUUACACAACUCCAAGAAAUCUAUAGAUAUUACUUAAUGAAUAAUACAUAUAUAUAUAUAAAUAUACACACACAAAGAUAUACAUAUAUAGCUACCGUUCAAUAUAAUGCGUAAAAGCCAAUAAUCAAUUAACCGUCAUCACCAAUCAGUCAGAGUCAAUCGAUGAUUGAAGAAUAAAAAUAUUCAUAAUUCUUGUCUGCUAGAUUAAGAAUUCCUUCGAUAUCUUGGCGAUUAUAAACGAUCGUCAGUAGAGAUUAUUAAUAAGCUAUGAAAACUCAACGUUUGUUGUCCCUGAAAAUAAUUUCGUCACAGGAACGGAGAAAGUUAAACUCAUUUAAAUUCGAUGAAUCGCUGCACUAGAUGUAUAAAAAAGCAAAAUCAUAAAAUUUGAUAAUACGUGACGUUACGUUUUUUUGACGGUAAUACUUUAUACAUUAUAUUGUACAAUAAUGCUUUACGGUAUACCUAAAUUAUCACUAAACUAUCACUUUAUAGAAAUAUGAACAAUAAUCUUAAUAAUUACGAUAAUUACUAUAAUUUUUAUUCUAAUGAUAAUGAUAAAUUAUAUAAUAACGAUAAUAAUAAUUUUAACAAUAACUUUUGAAAAUAAUAAGAGAUAACAAUAACAGAUAAUGAUAUUAUUAAUAACGAUAACGAUAAUAAUAACAACAAUCAUAUAAUAUAGAUCGGUGGAAGGUUUCAUUGAUUUGAUGACAAGCAAAGUAGAAGGAGAAAAUGUCUAUGAAAUGAAAUUUUUUGCUAGUUCCUAUUUUCAAUAGCAGAUACAAAAUAUACCAUUUUUUUUUAUUCCAUAAAAUAUUUUGAACCUACGAUCUCACAUUUUCUGUUGGUUAUCCGAUCGGUGAUGCGGCAGAAAUUGUAAAUGGCAAGAAGUAUACAUAUGAUUGUAUGAAAAAAAAAUCAAAAAAAUCAACAAAAAAAAAAAGAUUAUCGUAUUAACUCUAUUAAAAAACAUGAUAGUAUUAAGGUGGCUGGAACGACGGUGAAUAUUUCACCGUCGGCUAAAAUUGCUGUGGAUGACACAUAAUAA